GGAUGCCUGAUCUGAUCUGUAAAUCUAAUUACAAUUUAAUUGAUAAUUUAUGCUAUUCAACCUGUGGUGAUAAGAUUGUAACAUAUGACGAAUAAUGUGACGAUGGUAACCUUAUUUAUGGAGAUGGAUGUCAUUUCUGCUAAUUUACUUGUUAAGAUUCAUGUCUUAAUUGUAUUUAAGGAAUUUGUUAUUAUUGUUAAGAGGGCUAUUAAUUGAUAUAAUCUAAAUGUCUUCCAAUUUGCGGAGAUGGUGUAAAAGCAAAUGAUGAAUAAUGUGAAAUUGUGGAUCAAUCGCUUAUCGUUUUUCGAUGUCUUAAUUGUAAAUAUGAAUGUGAUAUAAAUUGUUAAAUUUGUUUAUUUGGAAUAUGCUAAAUCUGCCAAGUUGGAUAUUUUAUGUCUUCAAAUAAAUAAAUUUGUAAUUUAGAUUAUUUGUCUAAGAUUUCUGAAAAUAACUUUAAAUGUAAUGACUAUUGUUUAUCUUGUGUAAAUGGAAUAUGUGGCUUAUGUUUUGAAGGAAGGUAUUUAUUUAAUGAUGAAUGUAUUUAAAUGAAUUUAUAAAAUGGAAUUUAUGUAGAUGUUAGUAGUUUAGAUUCUUGUGGAGAUUUCAAAAUUAAUAUUAAUGAAGAAUGUGAAGAUAAUAAUAUUAAUCCAUUUUUAAGUUGUCUUAAUUGUAAAUUUUAGUGCGAUUUUUAUUGUAUUAAUUGCUUAUUCGGAAAAUGUUAAGGCUGUUAAUUUGGUUACAUUGUUAAUGAUAAUUUUAAAUGCCAACCAGAAUGUGGAGAUGGUAUAGUUGUUCCAUUUUAAGAUGAAUAGUGUGAUAUUCAAGAUGAUGGGUGUUUGAAUUGUAAAUUUAAAUGUUAGCCUUAUUGUAUUAAAUGUGAUUUACAUUAUUGUUUUGAAUGUGAAACCGGAUAUCAAGUAGAUUAACUUAAUCUUAAUUUUUGUAUAUUAGCAUCUUUUUGUGGAGAUGGAGUCAUUGAUUAAGAAUUUGAAGAUUGUGAUGAUUAAAAUGAUAAGCCUUAUGAUGGUUGCUUUCAAUGUAAAUUUUAAUGUGAAUCAAAUUGUCAAGAAUGUUAAUAAGGAAUAUGCUAAAAAGAUAUUUGUUCAUCUGGAACUAUUUGGAGAAAUAAUUCAUGUAUAUCUAUAGUGAUUGAUAAUUGUGAAAUUUAGGAAGAAGGAAAUUGUAUAUCAUGUAAAACUAAAUACGAUUUAAUUAAUAAUUAAUGUGUUCUAACAAAAAACAAUAAUCUCAAUACAGAAAGUUCGAAUAAUUAUCUAUGUCGUGAAUCAGAAUGUGCUUUUUCUAAAAGUCCUUAUAUGAGUUUAUUAUUUUUAAAUUAAACAUUUGCUCUGUAAUUUGUUUAAGUAAAUUUUGAUUAGUAAGUAAGAUUGAAUAACAAUAAUUCAAAUUAAAAGUAAGCAUUUAAUAUAAGCAUUCUAAAUUUAGAUGAAUCCUAUUAUUCUAUAUCGGUUAUCCCAAUUUAAGAAUUUUCUUUUGAUUUGCAAUUUGUUUAGUAUGAAAUAAUAAUUAAGUUUUUGCUUUCAUUUGAAACAAAACCUAUACUAUAAUUAUAACUUAAUUAAGAAAUAGUUAAUUCAUACAAUCAAAAAAUUGAUCAAUAUAUUUAAUCCAUAUCAUUAUAACAACCGAUUAUCAUUUCUGAAUAAGAUAAAUAGUCUUCAUUUUAACUGCAAAAAUAUAACAAAGGAUUGAUGAUUGGAACAAUUUCAAUUUGUUUUUUAUGUUUAUUUAGUUAAGGAUUUAUCUUUGUUGAAACUCUUAAUUUUUUGCAAUACUAAUCUUUUUUGAGAUUUAUCAACGUUGAAUAUCCAGAAAAUCUAUUUAUUUAUUAUUAGGCACAAGAAAUGUUAUCGAUAGAUAAUUACUUAGAAUUCCUUUACAUAAAUGAAUAUUUAGAAAUUCUAACAGGAAAAGAUUAAACAAUUAAAUCAAAUGGAAAAUUAUAAUUAUUUAAUAUAGAAGUAGACCUUUUAACUCAUAUAUUUCCUCAAUUUUUGUAAGUUAUUUCAUUAGUAAUUUUUAUAAUAACUUUUAAGAAGGUCUGGCCUUUAUUAUAUUAAUUUCAAAUCUUUAUAAUAAAUAAAUUCCCAUAAUUUUUUUAAAGCCCAACAAAUAGAGUUGCCAAAAUCAUAAUUUUAUACUUAGGUAAGAUAAAUAAAAACAUUAAAAAAUAAAUUUAUUGGUGUUUAUCCUUUUCAUUGAAUUCUAUAAGAACGUUUUUAAUCAUUAAUUAAUGGGAUCUUUUGUUUAAAGUAAUUUUAUGUUAUAAUCAUAUUUAAAUUAAUAACAUUAGAACCUUAUUAUAAAUUCUAUUUUCAACUUUGAUAUUAUGUUCUUAUAUUUAUUUUAUAUUCAAAGCAUUUUAUUAAUGUAUACCUAAAAAGAAUCAUGAUCAUAAAUUAAGAUUAGAUUUUAACUUUAUGGUCUUUAACUUUUGUAGAACAAUAUCAUUUCAUUUAUUUUUGAUAAUACUUUAGGAUUAGUUUGUAUUACAAUGUUUAUCUCUAUCAAUAAAUAACUUUUCUUAGUGCAUCAUAAUUUAUAAAUAUUUUUAAUGCAACAAAUUUGAAAAAAUAGCAUUGGUAAUAAAUGAAGGGUUCUUAUCAAUAUUUACAAUAACUUAAUUAGUAUAUCUAAAAUAAGGUUUUUUUGAUAUUUCUUCAGAAAAUAUUGUGAGAAUAGGAUUUUUUCAUGUUUAUUUAUUGCUGUUUACACUGGCUAUCACAUUAAUUAAACAAUGUUUACCAAUUUUUAAUAAAUUUGUACAAUUAAUCAGGAAAAAAUGA